AUGGGUCGCAAUCAGGACACAGAGUGGCACCACUGGAAGCAAUUCCCGACCGCGAGUGGUGACAAAUUGAUGGUCGAGUGUCUGCACUGCGGGAACAAACAGCUUAAGAACGCGACUAAAUGUCGGGAACACAUCACCAAAUGCUUAAAGAGAUCCCAAGAAGUGAAACACGAGGUAAAAGACGCCAAUAAACCAUCGGAUCCGUCGCUGCAAAACAUUUGGCUCAACUGGAAACACGUGUCGGGAUCUGGUGUACGAUCUGUGGUCCAGUGUCUGCAGUGCGGGAACAGACAGCUUAAGAACAUUACUAAAUGUCGACAACAUAUCACCAAAUGCUUGAAGAGAGCGCAAGAGAGGAAUAAAGUAAUAAAAAGUAGUGAUGGAGAGCUCGUGGCCACCAAUCAACCAUUGGAUCCGCCGCCUGUGUUGACCGACGGAAUGGUCUACAUUUGGCGCCAUUGGAAACACGUGUCGGGAUCUGUUGUGCGAUCAAUGGUUGAGUGUCUGCAGUGCGGGAACAGAAUGGUUAAGAACGCCACUAAAUGUCAACAACAUAUCGCCAAAUGCUUAGAGGGAUUCCAAGAAGUAAAACAAGCGGUAGAAGACGGCUGCGAUGCCGACGGCGUGAACGCCAAUAAACCGUCGGAUUCGCUGCCGGAUAACAAUUGGCUCCUUUGGAAAGAUGUGGUGUCGUCAGGAGUGCAGUCAGUGGUCGAGUGUCUGCACUGCGGGAACAGACAGAUUAAGAAUGCGACCAAAUGUCGGAAACAUACCUCAAAAUGCUUACUAAUAGCUAAGCGGCUGAUCACUAGUGAAGAGUGUGUUAAUCGUGGCGAAGGCCCUCCAGUUGAACAAUACAGGCCACGGAUUUUCAAAUCACUUGAUAUUCACGACCUCUUGGAUGAGUUGAGUGAUGAGAAUAAAAGACUUUUAGACGAAUUAAAAUUCGCUCAAAAAUACAUUGAAUUUAUGCAAAACUAUAGAAAAUGUGUUUUAGUUUAUAAGCGAAAGUGUGUUUGCGUUCAAACCAUCGAUCAUAAGCCGAUUGUCCAGCGAUUGGAGACCAGUUAUGAAGACAUUAAGACACAAAUACAAAGAAUGCGAACUCAAAGUAUCGACGACUAUAGGGAUAGUGAAGAGGAAUCAGUGGCUAAACGCAAGCAAAACAAAGGAUUGAUUGCAUUCAACAACACAUUUAAUCGGAGCGUCAAUUUGGCGAACAGUCAAAUAGUGGCCACCGAUGACGACCGGUCUUCGGUUGGCGGGGAUUUCGGUGAUAAUGACAAUCCCAGCGAUGAUUCUUAUCAUGACUUUGAGCCCGACAUCAAGAAGAAGUCGGUCUCUCGAGAGCAUACAAACGAAGAGCGGUUUAAAUGUCAAGUAUGUGACCGAAUAUAUACCGAUCGACAGUAUUUUCGGGAACAUCUGGCCAUUCAUGCCGUCAAACAGGAGACCACUCUCGACGGCGACAAUCAAUCCAAUCCGAGUGUUGAGUUGAUUGACUACAGGCGAGUCGACGGUCGGAUACGAUGCCAAUGGCGUGACUGCGACAUGACUUUCCCGAAGCCCUUCCAAAUGUGGCAACACUACCGACGCAAACACACAACCAUAAGGCCAUACAAAUGUCCGCACUGUCCGAAGGCAGUGGCGUUUCGCAAAGAUUUGAAACAACAUUCAAAUUUUUGCACUAAAUCCUCCGAUAGAGGGGAUGCCGACCGCCGACUGGCCUACGAUACAGCCGAUCACAGCCACGAGUGUUAUAUAUUUGAUUGCCAGCGAGUGUUUGCCGAUAAGCCAUCGCUGGUCAGACAUACGAUCGAAGACCACAAAUACAAUUCGACGAACAAUAAGUCAUUUGCGUGCGAUUGGCCGGAGUGUGGCCUCGCGUUUAGGCAAUACCGCGCUCUGGAAAUACACCGAAACAGAGACCAUAUAAAUACCACGUCUCACGUGUGUCGCCAAUGCGGGGCCACUUUCCCGACGGAUCUUAAUCUCAAAGCACACCAAAAGAGAUGCGUUGAGUUGCGACUGAAGAACAGGAAACGCAAAGUCGUAGUGGAGGACACGGAUGACGACCACGACUCGCCUUCAGCCGCUCAGAAACGGCGAACGGCCGGUGAACUCGUGUUUUGCUGCCAAUACCCGGACUGCGGCCACGAGUGCGACACACAGUCACAGCUAAAGAACCACAUCAACGACUCCCACUGCCCAUCACUCCCACUACUUAAACCUCAGGCCAUCGUUCACUAUCAGUAUGGCUGCGAGUGGACGGACUGUGAGCGGCGGUUCAGACGUAUAGGCGAACUCCAAGGCCACUACCGGACUGACCAUAACUGCAAAAAGCCGUUCAAAUGCGAACUCCAAGGCCACUACCGGACUGACCAUAACUGCAAAAAGCCGUUCAAAUGUCACAAAUGCGACAAACAUUUCCCGAAACGACACGCAUUACUGCGACACAAGAGUGUCUACCAUUGGGGCACUCAUCCCAAGAUAGACUACCGGUGCGCUUACGAGGGCUGCGAUGGGGUGUUUGAUGAUCGCCACAGACUGGUCGCACACACGCGCAAAGUGCACACUAAGGAGACGCCGUACGCGUGCGAACAGUGCGACCGGCGGUUUGCGAUGAAAUAUGACUUAAACAAACACGUGACGCGUAUUCACAGCCAGGCGUACGCGUGCGAGGCGUGUGGCCACUCGUUUGACUCGACCACUGACCGCAAAGAGCACUACCGAGAAAACAUGGAUCACUUGCUCUACCCGUGCGAUCAGUGCGCGAAACGGUUUGGCGGUCGUCCCGAUCUGGACCAUCACCGGCGGAAGUGUCACCCGACAGACAGGGAGUGUCUAGUGCCCGACUGUGACCGACGGUUCGCCGACUGGAAGUGUCUGCGCGCCCACGCGCUCACUCACGGCACCGAUUGGCCCUUAAUAUGCGAGUGGCCGGGCUGUGAGCGACAAUUUAUGUCCACUAAUGAAGUCGCACAACACCGCAAGACACACACCGCGAUCGAUGACCACCGGUGCCCGCAAUGCGGUAAAACACUGCGAUCUAAGCGCUCGUACGACACACAUAUGGACAAUCAUCGGGCGGUGAGAAAGUACUCGUGCUGUUGGCCCGGAUGUGACCAGUCGUUCACCAACCGAUACCAGAUGGACGCUCACGUGUAUCAACACCAGGGCCUGAAGCCCUACCGCUGCCAUUUGGACGGCUGUCAGUACGCCUACUAUAGCCCAACAAUGUUGAGACGACAUUAUAAGGAUAAACACAAUACUUAUCAGUUGAUCAAAAACAUGACCGCCGAGUAUCCGACCAAACAAUUUGUGAUAACCAAUUCGGCGAAUAAAUAUUAUGAUUAA